CUGUGCUCGCGUGACAUGGUGACCGUUCUGGAGCUGUGUACCUGACGUAAGGGUCACAAAUGGCAAAUAAUAUUGUAAACAUGUACCUCAAGUCGGAGUGCCCUUUAUUAGGAUGUUUCUGGCAAUUGUGAGGCAUCUGGCAGCACCGUCGUGUCUGACAAAGGAGGCCUUUCCUCACCUUCUGCUCCUGAACCAGACUCCUUCACGCCGCUUGUCACACAGAGAACCUCCCAAAGAGCUCCUCACCAACCCCGAUCCCCAGCCCGACCCCAACCCAGGGCCUCUGGCGAAUAGCUCCGACACCGGGGGCCAGGGCCUGCCGCCUGUGGCCCCCACGCAUUGCUGCAUGAGCGGCUGCCACAACUGCGUGUGGAUUGCCCACGCCGAGCAGCUGCUGGCCUACUACCGCGACGGGGGGGAGAAGGCGCUGGCCGCCAUCGAAGAGAACGUCCAGGAUGAGAACCUGAAGACCUUUCUGAAGAUGGAAGUCAAGCUUAUGAAGAAACCAUAGUGACCGUUCUGUGUAUGUGCCUCAGUGUGUAUGGGAGCCUGUCCUGUGCAUAUAUACAUAUGUAUUAGACAUACUGUGGGGAGAGAAUUUUGUGGAAGCCAAUGUGGGUUUUUAUUUAAUAUUUUUAAAUGUAUUCAUUAUUAAGUAUGUGACAAAACCGUACUGUGUAAAACCUGUAGGCAGAGCCAAUGAAAUGUGCUCCUUCGGAAGUGUUUCACUGAAAGUCAGUCGCCCUUGCUAAGGAGCGUGCAUCGCCGCAUCGCCCUGCAGGCGAAACCCCAAUGGAGUUAAAAUGCGCCGGACCAGUCCUGUAUUUACAUUUAUACCCAAUGAAUCAAUAAAACUGAGUGCUGGGGUUUUAAUAAAGUCAAGCUUUCCUGUAUCCGCAA